UGUAUUUCACCAAGCCUUAUCUGUUUUGACAAUAACAAGUAAUUCAUCACAAUUUUACCGAUAAAAAUGUUGAGCUGAUAAAACUGAUAAUGUUAUCAUUUUAUCAGUAUGUAAACGAAAACAAACCCCAAUAACACAGACGCAAUGAUCAGCGUAGCGUAAACAAUGGAUUAUUUGUAUGUGUGCGUAGCUUGUUCGUUCGUUUGGUUGACAAUCGCGAUGUGAUGUAUUCUAUCAUCGCAUGCUGAGUUAUAUUUUCAUCAAAACCUUUUAAUUUUUAUAUCAGUUACUCGAUUCAGUUCUAAAUGUUUUCUUUCGUUGUGUCCGCCUUUCUCUGUUUUGAUUUCUAAAUAUGUGUAAUUUGCCGCCGAAGUUCCAUUCAGUGUGUCGCCUUUGUUUAUCAUUCUGUGGCGAUAAUUGCAGUGAUGUUAAACUUCCAAUUUUCGACCGUGAUAAGGAGAAAUCACGGCUUUCCGAUAUGAUAAUGUCAUAUCUAUCGAUAAUGGUGUAUCCUGGUGACCUCCUGCCACAGGUGGUGUGUGGAAGCUGUGCACAUAAACUUGAUGAGUUUCACACAUUCAGAGAACUUUCACACAAAUCAGAAAGACUGUUAGAACAAUUUCUUCAAUAUGCCAAUUCACUGGCUGGGCCAAAGGAGGAGGUCCUGAGCGUAACGGCGGCGAAGUUGGAUGAGAUAAUCAAACCGUUGAAUGAAAAUGAGUAUGAGCAAGACAAUAAGAUUAAGUACGAUGAAAUCGGCUCGCCGGAUUCUACGGAGGAGAUGAAGAAUUCGGAGAGCCGGCAGGCUGCGGUGGCGCUGCUCUCUAUAAAGCACAACGACCCGACGAAGUACGUCGUGAAGCCGGAGGACGAGCCGCACAUAAUGUUCAAGAGCGUGCCCAGCAUAGCGCCGCCCGAGCGCGCCCGCGAGGUCAUGCACUGUAGCGCAGUUUUAGACAUCAUCUCCAAGGCGGUGGCGGUCGCGCAGCGCGAGAACGAAGAAUCUCAGAAGUUCCCCCCUAACUACACCAGCGUCAUCGACAGAACGCACGCACUCAGCACCAACGAUGUAAAAUACUCACACGAAUACACCCCGGAAGACCAGUACUUGUACAACGCGUCACAAAACGCCGCGAGUCCGCGCAGCAACCACGACCAUGACAAUAAAGAAAUGGAUCUCUCACUUUACAAUUCUGUUAAAAAUGAACCUUCCGAGCAAAACGAUCACAAUGUUGAUCGCGAGCACUCAAAUUCCUUCUAUCAAGGAGUGUUAGCUCAUAAUAAUACGUCAAAUUACCCCGAUGAAUACAAGCAGUCUGUUUAUGCUCGGUCCUCAAGUAAGAAAACGUCUAAAGACAACUCCUCGGUAUACGAAGAAUGCAGUCAGAGCAGUAGUGGGUCUGAUCCCGACCGACUACAAAUGGAUAUCUCCCAAAUGUCGCAGGAUGACCCCGAGGAGACCCAAUCGGCGCGGUCCACGCAGUCGUCGCCGCCGCCUCCCGAGAACGAGGCCGACAAGGAAUCCCUGUGGCAGGCUCUUCACAGGCAAAACGGUCGCGGCGGCGAAGCGACGCAGCUGCUGAAGCGGCUGAUCAACAGCAAGCACCUCGGCAUGACGGUGUCCCCGCUGCGCGCCGCCCCCUCCCCGCUGCCCGCGCAGCCGCCCAACGGCGCCGUCUCGCCGAACGGCGAGUGGCAGCUGUCAAACCGCGGCGGCGGGGCGGGCACGGCGCGCAGGAAACAGAGCUUCCCGGCGCGCGCGCAGCCCGCAGCGCCUCAGGAUGCGCCCAAUGCGCAGCAAUGGCCGCAGCCGCAGGUCGAUAACCAGGACACCUCAGAAGCGCCAAUAGGCACAGGCGGCAACGGCCGCGCGGCGCCUCGCGUGGAACUGUCGUGCAACAACUGCGGGACUCACACGACGACGAUCUGGCGACGCGACGCGCGCGGCGAGAUGGUGUGCAACGCGUGCGGGCUGUACUACAAGCUGCACGGCGUGCCGCGACCAACCGCCAUGCGCCGCGACACGAUUCACACGCGCCGCCGCCGGCCCAGGCACGACCCCAAGCACGCGCGCAAGUCCCGGCGGAGCGGCGGCAGCGGCGGCGGCGCGGGCACCGAGGCGGCGGAGGCGGCGCCGGCGGCGGGCGGCGCGGAGCCGGGCGCCGAGGAGGCCGUGCUGGCGGCGCUGCGGCGCCAGCUGCAGCCGCACCUGCUGGCCGCGCUGCACGCGCACACGCACCACCAGCGCCCGCAGGUCGGGCUCAACGCUCCAGAAUACGACGAAGCGCCUCUUAACCUGGUGGCUUCCCACGUGGCCGCCGAGGAGACGCACUGACUACCCCGCUACAUCAUCGCGUGCGACACCGCGUGACGUCACGCGCGCACGCUCGCGGGAUCUUUGCGGGGCCGGUGAACAGUUCUGCAGAACAGGUCUUAGUAGCUAGUAACAGAAACAAUAUUUUUCGAACUAUGUUGAAGGAUACAGAUGAUAGAUUUUUGAUCAACCACAAUGUGAAAAUGAUGAUAAAAAUAUGUUAUUUCAAUAUGUAAAAUCUAUUAGGAGAUUGGCCAUUGAAUAAGCAGCAAUAGGUGAUUAAUGGUUAAGCAUGGAAAGAUUUGUGGUACGGCCAAGCUCCUAAAACCGCAAGUAGUUAACAUUUUAGGAUUUUAGAAGAAAUACCUUUUCUGCAGAACUGCGUUUACGAAUCAGCCGUCACUCGCAGCCUCACUCAAGAGAAACUUAAAAAGUAUUUUUACACAAUUUCACGAUACUUUUUGAUUUAUUUACCAACAAAGUUGCAUGUGCAUUAUUUGCAUUUCGUGCUAUGAGUUUUGUCAAAUACAUUAUUACAGCGAAUAUUUCAUAAUGUGGAUUAUAAGCAAACGCGAAAAUUAUUUUUAGUAAUACAGCCAUUUUUAUGAAAUACUCGUUAUAAUAUUAAUUAACAUAGCGGGGUUGAAAUAGCUUACGAUACGAUGUAUAGUCGUCGUGCAGCAGACAUUUACCUUUGUUGAUUUUCUAUAGUGAUAGUAAGGCCAGUCUAAUGACAAUAGUUGAAUGAAAUAGUGCAAAUUGUUCCAAGUUGCUUCGUUCUCCAAGUUUAAGUUAAUUAUAAAACGCCCGUUAAAUCGUAAGAGUACUGUGUGGGAGUUGUCAAAGUAUUAUUCUAGUAUAUAAAUGUUAUCUUUAUUGUUGACAGUAAAAUAGUGAAAUUAUACAAAUCAAAGAGCUGCGAGAGAACUUGGAACAGAACAUUAUUUAACAAUUCAGAGUUAAAGUAAUAUGUUAACAAGUAUUAUUUUUGAAAAGCAGGGCAUUAACUAACGUCGAUAGGGCCGCGCGUAGGCGGGCGGAACAAAAGCAAUAUUCGUUGUCAUUGUCUUAGUGCCUAUUUAUAUAGAAGUAAUAGUGCCGCGUAGUAGUUAGUGGAGAGUAUUUCCACAGUGUAUAUUCUUCAUGACUUGUGAUAUGUGUGGUUGGUAGAAUCAUGCGUGUCGGUAGUGUCGCAGUUUGAUAAUGUUGGAAAUGCAAAUUUUAAGACAUACUCAGCAGCUGUUAUUAUAUUAUAUCUAAUGUUUGGUAGAACGUAGCCGGGAUAGCUCGGCGAGAGGUGUGCACGGUUGCCAACGUAAUUUUAGAGGUGAAAUCUCA